AUGGCUUCUCCAAUCCAAGGUGUUGAUUUUAUCAGCUCUAUGCCAGACGUGAUCCUCCACCAUAUUGUCUCCUUUAUUCCCAUUAAACUCGCGAUCAUAACUUCAGCCUUGUCUAGACGAUGGAGGCAUGUAUGGUGCGGGACACCUUGUCUCGACUUUGAUAGAUACGAUGGGGCUGAAGCUAUAAACCAAACCCUAAAUUCCUACAGGGCUCAGAAAAUCACGAGUUUCGAUCUUAGCAUGUCCGAAUGUGUCCCUGAACCCCAGAUCGAUAGCUGGAUCGAGUUCGCCAUGUCCCGAAAUGUGGAGAAGAUGUCUUUGAGCCUCAGUGGUUUUGUUGAUGAAGAGACUUAUCGUUUCCCAGACUCCUUCUAUCUUAGCUCCUCCUUAGAGGAACUGUGGUUGGAUUUCGUUAUGAUUCCGGGGUGCACAGUUUCUUGGAAAUCACUAAGGAGAUUGACAUUGUGUGAAACUAAACAAUCUCUUGCUGAUAUUCUCACUGGCUGUCCAGUUCUUGAAACCUUGGAACUGCUUGAUUGUGGUGGAGUGCAACGUCUUGAUCUCACUAAGUCACCUACUCUGACAAGAUUGACAGUCUUUCUCGGGCAGUUCCAUAUUAUAGCGCCGCACAUCCGUUAUUUGAAAUUGACAAGCACUAAGGAACAAUGUACUUUAGUUGAUGUCUCCUCUUUGAUCGAAGCUAGCCUUGCUAUUUGCUUAGAGGCCAACACUUAUGGCUACAGUAGUGGAAAUUAUUUGGGGGCUGGUGAUUAUCUUCCACUUCAAAACAUGGUGCUAAAGAUGCUAGCGAAAUUGCAAAACGUGAAGAAGCUUACUUUUGGGAGCACCUUUCUUCAGGAUGCGAAUCUGGCCAGAUGUUUGGACUCACAAGGCUUGGAUCCGAAUCAGUGUUGGAGGUCAAAAUUAUAUGAGGCGUUUCCUACCUCAGCUGACUAUCAUUAUGACUUUUCUCGGUUUUCGUCAAAACUCGUGGCUUCGUUCAUCGAAAUGGUGUUGAAAAACGCAAAGACGCUAGAGACGCUAACUGUAGCGUUGAAACAUAUCCGCUACAGAGGUGCUGGAAAAUGUUUUAAAGAGUUGCUUCAGAUGCAUCCAACACUUUCUAACAACAAUAAUGUCUCCAUUGAGUUCAGACGCUUAGUUUUUUCAUCAAUGUUUUAUUUAGUUUAA